AUGUGCACCCUAACCCUCACCUUUUGCCCAACCUGCUCCAAGGUUGCGGCUCCAUCUCGAGUCGAGAAGUGCGCCGACCGAUCUGACGCAUCCCACACCCCCAGUACAACCAAAAUCACUGCCAUGAAUCCUUGCAUUCGAUGCAACAAUCGCAACAAGCCAGUAAAUCCCACCAGGGCCCUCACUCGAGACAUCCUCGAAGAUAUGUGUUUGAAAAUUCCCGAAUGGCAUCCUACAGCACCACAGGAGCCCAUUCCCGGGAUCCUUCCAAAUUGGAACUCCGAAACUUUAACUCGCGCUCAAGAUGACGAACUCUUUUUCGAACACGUCACACAAAGCCACAGUGUAGAAGUCAAGAAUCGACAAGAUUUGCCAAGUCAACGCAAUGGAUUCCCGUUGUGUUUGAUGGCUGGAAUCAAGCAGAGACCUUCACCUGUGAAUCAACGACUUGAGAGAUCACGGCCAGAGAGAUCAAAGUUUACUUCACCUCCACUAUCAUGGAACAACAACCCUAGGAAUAGACGACUUGGUGUUGCACCAGCACCACGAACUGCAUCACUUCAAACAGAGUCUACACCGUCGGGAACACUUAGUCGUUUGGUCCCAGGCGAAACCAAUCAAAGAAGUCAAGCUCAAGAGGAAUCUUCCAUCGUAUCUCCAGCACUCAGACUCCAGAUCCCACCACAGAGGUCAUCUUCCAUCGAACCCCAAGAUACAGAAUCCACCCCUUCAUCAGGCACAUCCACCCGUUCCGAAUCUCUCAUCCAGACAGCGAUAUUCAGCCCCAUAGCCUUCGCUCAACUCCCCGCGCAUUACGACAUGCGACGAACUUCCAUCCCGACACCUCGCGUUUCCACAACCCAGCCGCGAGUCCAAGCACGCGAACAACACGAGACUGUUGACCGAAUGUCUCAACGCACUCCAGAAAAUCAAGAACUUAAACGUCAAAGUCUCGAAAGCAAGCGAAUGCGUGAGUUGCAACAACGCAAUGUCCAACCCGAACAAAGAUCGCACUCUAACAAUGGGCCGCCACGACAUGUCAAUGAUGUAGAAUUCAAGAGCGUACGACCCAAGCGUAGCUUGAGAUUGCUUCCGAGUCUUCCAUCGUUUGGUUCAUUGCGGUUUGAUGUUUGA